CUACAGAACUUUCUUUCUCUCAGAACAGCCACUCCUAUUCGAAGGGGGAUACCUGAGGACCACCUCUUUUCCCAGCAGAAAGCCACCUGUUUCUGGAGGAGGAGACUAAAAAGAAGAGAGCAGAAGGAUGUGGUAAAACAAUGUAAGGGGGGAAAUGCACAAAGGAUACUUUCAGAGAAACAAGAACAAGACUUUGAUAGGAAAUGAAGGAUUCCAGUGGUGUAUCAGUGCAUUCUGAAAUGAAACACUGAUGAAAGGUUGAUUUUGAAGGAAAAUAAGAAGAAGGAGAGAUAAAAGCAAAGUGAAUGAAGUGAGAGAGAGGAUUUGCCAGGAGUGUAGAAGCUGGAGCACCCCUGGGGACUGAAAAUAAUCUUUCUCAGACUCACCUGGAAGACUCCAAACACUGCACACAAAUCGGAGGAAGAAGGGGGAAUAAAGGAUUACGGCUCGGAAGCACUUUUAGACAAGUUCCAGCACCGCAAAACAGGUCAAGCCUGUAAACCAAGCUAUCAAGCCAGUUAGUGUUUGCUGAUAUGACAUCUAGAGGGAAAAGUCGGAAAUACCACUCCCUUCAUGAUGACUUUGAGGACGCCAAUGGGACCAAAGUGGAAUCUGGACCUGAACCAGAAUCGGAGGACCUGGACUGGGACUGCUACAGCACCACACUGGAGCACAGAUUAGCAGCUGAACAAGAGAACGUCCAGGCAUCCGAGCAGCGCUGUGCCGAGCUGGAGAAAGCUCGCCGGGAGCUGGAGCGGCAGCUGUCGGGCCUUUCGGAUCGCUUGGAGGAGGAGGAGGUCUGCUCAGCUCAGCUUGUCCUCCACAGGGACAGGCUGGAAGCUGAGUGUGGCAGCCUCAGAAGAGACCUGGACGAUCUUGAAAGCGCCCUGACUGUGGCCGAACGAGACAAACAGCUGUCAGACAGUGAGGUGAGGAGGCUGACGGAGCAGCUUCUGCAAAGGGACGAAGCCCUGCAGAAGCUCCAGAGGGAGAAAGACCAUUUGGUGGAGCUCAGCCAGCAAGCUAUUGAGGAUCUCCAGAUGGAGGAAGACAAAGUGAACCUGCUGACCAAAGAGAAAACCAAACUGCAGUUGAAAGCUGAAGAUCUGGAGUACCAGCUGGAGAGGCUACAUCACGGUGACCCUGAGAAGGCCAGGAGGAGGCAGGAGGCUGACAGCAGAGAGGUUGAGAAGAUGACAAGUGGUUUGGAAGAUCUUAUCAAGAGGAAAGACUUAGAGAUCAGCAAUACGAGCACCAAGCUAGAGGCAGAGGAGGCCCUCAACAUCGGACUGCAAAAGAGGAGCAGAGAGCUGCAGGCUCGGAUCGAGGAGCUGGAGGAGGAGCUGGAAGCAGAACGAGCAAUGAGAGCUAAGGUGGAGAAGCAGAGAGCAGAUCUCACCAGAGAACUCGAUGAACUCACUGACCGGCUUGAGGAGGCGGGAGGGGUCACAGCUUCACAGAUGGAGGUGAACAAGAAGCGGGAGGCCGAACUCCAUCGUCUAAGGCGGGAGCUGGAUGAGUCCUCUCUUCAAUCCGAAUCGAUCGCUGCUUCUCUGCGCAAGCGGCACGGCGAGGUGGUGUCAGAGCUGAGCGAGCAGUGUGAAGCUCUGCAGCGGACCAGGGUCAAACUGGAGAAGGAGAAACAGAACCUGAGGAUGGAGAUGGAUGACCUGUCUGCAUCAGUGGACAGCCUGCAAAAAGCCAAGAUGUCAUCAGACAGCCAGGUAAAGAAGUUAGAGGAGCAGCUUUCUGAGGCCAAUAGGAGAGGAGACGAGCUGCAGAGGACGCUGUCUGAGCUCAAUGUGGCGAAGACCAGACUUCUAGCUGAUAAUGCCGAUGUGAGCCGACAGAUGGAGGAGGCAGAGAGCAAAGUAAGCCAGCUGACCCGCUCCAAGAAUUUGCUCCAGACGCAGCUGGAGGAGCUGAAGAAGCAGCUGGAUGAGGAGCUGAAGGCUAAGCAGGCGGUGGGCAGCAGCCUGAGCUCAGCGCGGCAGGAGUGUGAGGUGCUGAGGGAGCAGCUGGAGGAGGAGCAGGAGAGCAAGCAGGAGAUGCAGCGCCUCGUCUCCAAACUCAACAGUGAAGUGACGCAUUGGAGGACUAAGUACGAGGCCGACGCCAUCCAGCAUGCGGAUGAGCUGGAAGAGACCAAGAAGAAGCUUCUAGCCAGGCUUCAGGAGGCAGAGGAGGCUAUGGAGGCCACCCAGGCAAAAUGCUCCUCACUAGAAAAAACAAAGCAGAGGCUGCAGGGAGAAGUGGAGGAGCUUUGCAUGGACCUGGAGAAGGCCAGCAGCUGUGGUCAGGCGCUGGACAAGAAGCAGCGAGUUCUGGAGAAGCAGCUCGGGGACUGGAAGCAGAAGUGUGAGGAGGUGGUGGCCGAGGUGGAGGGCUGUCAGAAGGAGAGCAAGCAACACGCCGCAGAGCUCUUUAAGGUUAAAACGGCUCAUGAAGAGUGUCUGGAGCAGCUGGAGGCUGUGCGCAGGGAGAAUAAAGCAUUCCAGGAGGAGAUAGCUGACCUGACAGACCAGCUGUCUGAUGGAGGUAAGAGCGUCCAUGAGCUCCAGAAAGCCAAGAAGAAGAUUGAGAUGGAGAAAGAGGAGCUCCAGGCAUCAUUAGAGGAGUCUGAGGCAGCUUUGGAGGCUGAGGAGACAAAGGUGCUGAGGCUUCAGCUGGAGUUGUCUCAGGCUAAAGGAGACCUGGAGCGCCGACUGCAAGAGAAAGAGGAGGAGGCUGAAGCUGUGAGAAAAAGCCACCAGAGGGCGUUAGAGUCGCUGCAGGCCAGCCUGGAUGUGGAGCUGAAAGGCAGAGCAGAGGCGCUGAAGCUAAGGAAGAAACUGGAGGCCGACAUUAACGAGCUGGAGGUGCAGGUUGACCUGCUAACCAAGAACAACACAGAGCUCAACAAGAACAGCAAGAAGAUGCAGCAGCAGAUCAAGGAGCUGCAGGGUCAGUUGGAAGAGGAGGUGCGGAGCCACGAAGAGCAGAGAGAGGAGCAGGCGGCCUUGGAACGCCGCUGUGCUCUCUUGACCAGCGAAGGCCAGGAGACUCGCACAGCCCUUGAGAGCGCAGAGAGGGCCCGGAAAGUCCUGGAGACCGAGCUGCAAGAAGCCAAUGAAAAGUACGGGGAUCUCAGCAGCCAGUUUCAGUCAGCUCUAAAUGGGAGGAGAAAACUGGAAGUGGAUCUCCAGACUCUGCAGCAGGAGCAUGAUGAGCUGCAGACAGAGCUGAGAGGCUGCACAGACAAGGUCAAGAAGGCCAACUGUGAGCUAGCGCGGGUCGGAGAGGAGCUGCGUCUGGAGCAGGAGCACGCACUUCACCUGGAGAGAGUGAAGAAAGGACUGGAAGGCCAGAUUAAAGAUAUGAGCACCAGGCUGGACGAGGCUGAACAGAUGGCUCUGAAAGGAGGCAAGAAGAUCAUCCAGAAGCUGGAGGGGAAGGUGAAGGAGCUGGAGUUGGAGUUAGACUCCGAGCAGAAGCGGCACGCUGAGACGGUGAAGACGCUGCGGAAGAACGAGCGACGUCUGAAGGAGCUGCUGUUUCAGUCUGAGGAGGACCAGAAGAACCAGCAGAGGAUGCAGGAGCUGGUGGAGAGGCUGCAGAACAAGAUGAAGGCGUACAAAAGACAAAUGGAAGAGGCUGAGGAACAGGCGAACAUGAACCUGGCGAAGUACAGGAAGACUGUUCAUGAGCUGGAUGAUGCUGAGGAGCGGGCUGAUAUCGCAGAGUCGGCCCUGACCAAGAUCAGGACCAAGAACAGGGGCAGCUUUGGCAAAGGAUACUCCUCUGGUUACAGCACUCCAUACCCCAGCCUGGUCAGGUCACCCAGCUCUGCAGGCUCAGAGGGCAGAGGGGAGAAGAUCCUCAACAAUGACGACGACGAGUCGGUCAGCUCCCUCAUCCCAGCUUAUCUCAACUCCCUCAAGAAGCUUAUGAUCGAUUAGGGGGGACUAGAAUGUCUGCAACUCUUCUUCUUUCAGCAUGUGAAUGUCCUCUGAAGAAAAGAGAAGAGCUACAGUGUUAAUGUUAAACAUCAGAGAGCCUCAGCAAUAAUCCCAGGACUAUAGGUUCUUAUAAAAUGGGCAUCACUUUUCUGUCUAAACUGUAUUUUGUGGCUGUCAUCUCCAUUCUCUCCUCCAAAGUGUCCUAGUUCUAAAUGUUCUGCUUUUAUAUGCAUUCAUACUGUUAUUAAGUUACAUUAUUAUUGUUUACCAGCUCUCCAUGGCAGAAUUCAUAGCUUUUCAAAAUUUCCAACAUUUCCUGAAGUCUAAACGCCUCAAGCAAGGCAAAAAAAAGAGUAUUUAUAUAGCUGUUUCUUACAUGCUGUAUUGGCUGUCAUGAGUAAAUCUAGUUAAUUUGGGGUGUUUUUCUGCCCAAAUGGACACACCAUUAUUAAGACCAACCAUGUUCUCUAUGCUUGAGGGUUAAAAACUCAAGAUUGCUGUUUAUUUUGUUUUAACUCAAGAUCCUUUUCAUUUUGUUGCCUUUGCCAUUUCCUUUAUCUAAAAAAAAAAA